AUGGACGGCCGAACCAAUGACAUCCCCCUCCAGACUGUCGUCAGUCACACGCCCUCACAAUCGCCUACCUCGAAAGAGGACAAGUCUGAAAAGACGGGCAUGUUCCAUAGAGGACGCAGGAGGCUGGCAAAGGUCGACUCGCAGACGGGAGCGCCAUUGCCUGAACGCCCUCACCAAGGAGAGAAGACGGCUUUGAAUCAUAUGGGCAGGGUUUACACCAAGAUUCUCAACUACAGCAUCAUCACGCGCUACAUGAUCUAUGUUGCGCCUGUCGCUCUUCUGCUGGCUAUUCCCAUCAUUCUGUCGCAAACAGGCACAAUCACAGGCUCAAUCAGCGGCACCGAGCAGAAGAAGUUCUGGAUAUGGAUCGAAAUCAUCUGGCUCAGUUUCUGGGUCAUGAAGAUCGUCGCUCACUUCCUCCCCAACGUCUUCGAGUUCCUGAUUGGUGUAGUCAGCCCUGGUGUCAAGAAAUACGCUCUCCUUCUACGAGCUAUAGAAAAGCCCCUGUCGUUCGUCCUGUGGAUGAUCGUCAACCAGGCCACGUUCCCCGCACUUGUUCGACCCUUGCCUCUCAAGGAAGGACAGACUAAACCGGCAUGGAUCGACACAAUGCAGUCUGUUCUCCUUGCUCUGCUUGUGUGCACCAUUAUCGUUCUCGCCGAACGCGUCUUGAUCCAGUUGAUUAGCAUCAGCUACCACCGAAAGCAAUUCGAUGGCAAGAUUAAAGAGUCCAAGCACAACAUCUACCUCCUCGGUGUUCUAUAUGACACCUCGAGGUCUCUAUUCCCAGCUUACUGCAACGAAUUCGCAGAGGAGGACUACAUUAUUCAGGACACGAUUCUUGAUCUAGGCCUUGGCAGCAAAAAGGGAACCCGCAAGCAUGGCCGUUCAGGCAGUAAAACACCCAUGCGCCUGAUCCAGGAGGUUGGGCGAGAUGCUGGCCGAAUUGGAGAUAAGAUCACUUCAGUCUUUGGUACCAUUGCUUCUGAGAUUACGGGCAAGAAGGUGUUCGAUCCGAACUCGGCUCAUUCCGUCGUUUUGACCGCUCUGGAGCGGAACAAGAGCGCCGAGGCCCUCGCAAGGCGAAUCUGGAUGUCCUUUGUCGUUGAAGGCAAGAACGAGCUGUACCUGGAGGAUUUUGUCGAGGUCAUGGGCCCCCAACGCGAAGAGGAGGCCGAGGAGUGCUUCGCUGCACUUGACCGCGACGGAAACGGCGACAUCAGUCUCGACGAGAUGAUCCUUACGGUGACCGACUAUGCCAGACAGCGCAAGUCAAUCAACACCAGCAUGCACGAUGUUGACCAAGCUAUCAACGCGCUUGACGGUCUGAUUCUGACGAUUGCUCUGAUCGUCUGCAUCUUCGUCUUUAUCGCCUUCCUUGCCCCAGGCUUUCGCGCCACGCUCACGACGUCUGCCACUGCCCUCCUGUCGCUGUCCUUCGUUUUCGCGACUACUGCCCAAGAAGUUCUGGGUUCCUGCAUCUUUCUAUUCGUCAAGCAUCCUUACGAUAUCGGCGAUCGUGUCGACAUCACUCUGGAGCAGCUCACCGUUGAACACAUUGCCCUACUCUAUACGGUGUUCAAGCGUGUUACUAACGGUAAGACGGUUCAGAUUCCGAAUAUCGUUUUGAACAGUCUAUGGGUAGAAAACAUUACGCGCAGCAAGGCCAUGAGGGAGCAGGUAUCCGUAUUUUGUGCUUUCGAUACGUCGUUCGAGGAUGUCAACCUGUUGAAAUUGGAGAUGUCCAACUUUGUUCACGAUCCUAUCAACAGCCGCGACUUCCACUCCGAUAUCAACAUCGAGGUCGUCAGCAUCGCAGAGAUGAACAAGCUCGAGCUACGCGUCGAGAUCCAACACAAGAGCAAUUGGUCCAACGAAACUCUCCGCGCGUCUCGACGAUCCAAGUUCAUGUGCGCUUUGGUGCUUGCGUUGCGCAAGGUUCCUAUCAAUGGUCCAGCGGGCUCAGAUGCCGCCCUAGGAUCGCAAGACAAGCCCACGUGGUCUGUGGCCGUUCCGCCUGCCGAGGCUAUUGCAGCAUACAAGAAGUACCAAGAGGAUGCUGAUGCCGCUCGUCUGCAUCCCCUGAACAAGCCCGAGGACAAUGACAAGGGCAAGUCUACUAGUACCGACUAUCUCGGCGUCAAUGUCGGAGAAGACAACGCCGUGAAUUCGUUGACCAACCGCCGACCCGGAGCAGAUCCCAUUCGCGACGAUACCUGGGAGGCGCGCGACGAUGUUAGUACACUCGGCAGAAGUAAUUCGGAUGCUCGAGCCGAUCUGGAUGAAGUCCGCGGCUUGCUACACAAGGUGAGCUCUUCCGGCAAGCGCAAGGGAGGUACCACCCUCUCGCCAUAUAGCUCGCGUCCCUCGGGCGAUAUAUCUCGACAGAAUCUUCCGCCACCUCUGCCUCUUCCAGUACACACUAUGAGUGGCCAAUACGCAGCACCACCUGGCCCACCGGCUAUGCCUCCGCCAACCAUCACACGGAGUACUGCGCCCGGUUCGCCUACGUCCAUCUCGACGGGCCAUGUAGAGGAGUACACGUAUCAGACCAUGGUGCCACCACCACGGUCAGGAGGCCUCCCUCCAGCACCGCAGGUGGAGGAAGAUGAGGGAGAGAGGCGCUGGGAUGCUCAGCAGGGGUAUUCGAACAACCCGUAUAGGGGCCAGAGCCCGCCCGCGCCGGGACCUGCCGACCGAUUCCAGUAUAAGCGGGAGUAG